GCUUCUUGUUAUCAGGGCAGCACAACUUCAUGGCGCAAUUGGGCGAGCAGCAAAAACAGCUUGCCCAAUCACUUGCUGAUCUUCAUUCUGUUAUAGCCGAACUCCCUGGUUCAUUGCCAGAAGUAGCCGAGGAUGGUCCGAUUGGCCAUCACUUACGUGAUUUCAGCGUUGAUGAAGAUGAAGGUCCGUUUUACUCAUUCAACCAUGCCUGGGAACGAGUGUUUCAGCACUCCGAGAAUGAACGGCAAAAACUGGUCAUGCGAGGAAGACACGGUGUCAUUCUCACACACGAUUUUGCUGUGCACUUUGCUGCACUACCGAACAUCGAGCAACACGAUGGACUCAUCUUGAUGAACGAGCGCAUCAAAGCACUUAUCAAACUGCUUCACAAUGUUUUUUUUUUCACAUCAGAAUCUGCGUCAAUCACUAUUAUCGCGAAGGAAUGGUUAAAACGUGAUUUUGGGAAUGGUGUAAAUUUUCUCGAGGGCGUGAACAUCCAUUAAAUACAAUUAAAUAUGGUUACAUUACCAUCACAUUUCAAUACAAUACCUAUAUGAUUAAAUACUCUUGCUUUCUGGCCUGUAAUAUUAUGAAUACAUUAUAUUAU